GCUCCGGUUAACUACCACUGGAGGCGCUCACACCCAAUCAGUGGCGCCGAUGGGGGCAAUCAUGUCCGUGAAGAAGGUGUGGUGGUUCCAACCGUGAAUCCCGGACCAUAUCCGUCGGUAGUCGUUGACCACAACGAAUCCGCGGAGGUACUGUCAGACGAGCUAGAUCAUGGCGAUUAUGCCAGUGGAUCAUCAGAUGAUAGCGACGACGAGGAAGGAGGUGAUCCUUCUCAGCCUCUUGCCAUUCAGCAGAGGGCUGUGGUGCCCUCAACGGAGAGAUGGACGGAUAGUGACAUAGCCCGUCAUGAUGCCAUGAUUAGAGACAUGCGGGGGCUCCUUGAGAUUGUGUUGGAAGGCCUUCGGAUGGUACCCCCUCUACCACAUAGCGAAAAGGCAAUAUUAAUACGAAUUUAUGAACGUGUCAAGGAGUUUAUUGAGCUCUGCAGUCGCGCUCGAAUUAAUGGCAUUGUAUGGUCGGCACUACCAGGCAGGGCGCGUCCAAGCCUCACCACUUCAAUGGAUCAUGAGACCGGGACGCGCCAGGACUCAGUGCUAUUGCGUGUGCCAGCCAGCACUCCCUUGCAGCGCUCUCAGUUCGGCGGUUCACAGCCAGAACGUCAGUUCGGCUCCGGAGCGAUGGAGGUAGACAAUCCAUCCCCCGAUACCAGCCCUGGUAGAGGACCUACAGGGCAAUGCUCGUACGAUCAAGGCCAGGGUUCUGACGGCGAUGAAUCCACAGAUGAAGAAGAGUGUGAUGGCCUUGAUUAAUCGGAUCUUCUUCACAUGGCGGACGUUCAGCGGGAUGUGCAUACCCUUCACAGUAGCACGAGCAGCCCCGAGGAUCUCCUACUAGUACCCUGGAACUUCGCAGGGCCGUGUGGCUCCUUGAUCCGUGGACAAUAUAACCUGCACUACGAAUAUUUCAGAGCUUGUUAAGCUACCAAGUACCUUCGAUUUCAACUCCAUAAUCGUUUUUACGUCC